ACUGAGCAUUCUGUUGAACUCGGAUCACCUAUCUCCAGGAAGCUAGCCUGAAUCCCUCAUCCCAACAGUGCCUCCCAAACCUUGCAGGUUCUGUGUCUGGGCAACCAUGAGCUGAAGCAACUGAGCUCUGUUCUGCACCUGUCACUGCUUCCGAGGGACCCUCGUCAGCCACCCCAGGUCUCCAGCCGGUUGGUUCUCUGCAUCCCUUGAGGGGCCUGUCUUCUUCUAUGACAAUUGCAGAGAGACAGUGCCUCAAAGAAGCCAGCUCUUGGUAGUCCAAGGGAAACCAGGACCCUCUGAAGCCAUGACCCUUUCCCAUUCUGCUCUCCAGUUCUGGACACAUCUUUAUCUCUGGUGUCUCCUUCUGGUGCCAGCAGUGUUGACCCAGCAAGGCUCACACACCCAUGCUGAGGACCGCCUGUUCAAACACCUGUUUGGAGGCUACAAUCGCUGGGCACGGCCAGUGCCCAACACUUCUGAUGUGGUCAUCGUGCGCUUUGGAUUAUCCAUUGCUCAGCUCAUAGAUGUGGAUGAGAAGAAUCAAAUGAUGACCACCAAUGUCUGGCUAAAGCAGGAAUGGAAUGACUACAAGCUGCGCUGGGACCCGGCUGAGUUUGGCAAUGUCACCUCCCUGCGCGUCCCUUCAGAGAUGAUCUGGAUCCCAGACAUUGUCCUCUACAACAAUGCAGAUGGGGAGUUUGCGGUGACCCACAUGACCAAGGCUCACCUCUUCUUCACGGGCACUGUGCACUGGGUGCCCCCAGCCAUCUACAAGAGCUCCUGCAGCAUCGAUGUGACCUUCUUCCCCUUCGACCAGCAGAACUGCAAGAUGAAGUUUGGCUCCUGGACAUAUGACAAGGCCAAGAUCGAUCUGGAGCAGAUGGAGAGGACAGUGGACCUGAAGGACUACUGGGAGAGUGGCGAGUGGGCCAUUAUCAAUGCCACCGGAACCUAUAACAGUAAGAAGUACGACUGCUGCGCGGAGAUCUACCCCGAUGUCACCUACUACUUUGUGAUCCGCCGGCUGCCGCUGUUCUAUACCAUCAACCUCAUCAUCCCAUGCCUGCUCAUCUCCUGCCUCACUGUGCUCGUGUUCUACCUGCCUUCCGAGUGUGGAGAGAAGAUCACGCUGUGCAUCUCGGUGCUGCUAUCUCUCACUGUCUUCCUGCUGCUCAUCACGGAGAUCAUCCCGUCCACCUCGCUGGUCAUCCCACUCAUCGGCGAGUACCUGCUCUUCACCAUGAUCUUUGUCACCCUCUCUAUCGUUAUCACAGUCUUCGUGCUCAAUGUACACCACCGCUCCCCCAGCACCCACAACAUGCCCAACUGGGUAAGGGUAGCCCUGCUAGGCCGGGUGCCCAGGUGGCUGAUGAUGAACCGGCCCCUGCCACCUAUGGAGCUCCAUGGCUCCCCGGAUCUGAAGCUCAGCCCCUCAUACCAUUGGCUAGAGACUAACAUGGAUGCUGGAGAAAGGGAGGAGACAGAGGAAGAGGAGGAAGAAGAAGAUGAAAACAUAUGUGUGUGUGCAGGCCUUCCAGACUCUUCGAUGGGUGUCCUCUAUGGCCAUGGCGGCCUGCAUCUGAGAGCCAUGGAGCCUGAGACCAAGACUCCAUCCCAGGCUAGCGAGAUUCUGCUGUCACCUCAAAUACAGAAAGCACUAGAAGGUGUACACUACAUUGCUGACCGUCUGAGGUCUGAGGAUGCUGACUCUUCGGUGAAGGAAGACUGGAAGUAUGUGGCCAUGGUGGUAGACCGGAUAUUCCUCUGGCUGUUCAUUAUCGUCUGCUUCCUGGGGACCAUCGGACUCUUCCUUCCUCCAUUCCUGGCUGGAAUGAUCUAACUUCAUGUCCUUCAUGUUGGCUCCAAGGUGGCCUUCGUAACUAUCUUCUAGUCUUCUGUGAAUGGAGCCAUCUCUAGAAUACUCUUUUGAC